AUGGCACCAAUUCCUCUCCCCUACAUCGCGUUCUUCCUCUGGAUCGAACCGAUCUCGACAUUAGUCGGUGCCUACUACGCAUGGCUCAAACCGGAAACGUAUCUCCAGCUGACACACGCCGCCUCUGCGCCGGGGAUCCUGGGCCUUCCGACCGCGACGAACAUUGUCUUGCGACAGCUGGGUAAUCUAUAUGUCGCGUUCGCCAUCAACGAAGCUCUCGUGUUGAGGGCGACAAGCGACUUGCGAGUCUGGCGCACUCUACUUCUCGGUCUUCUGAUUGCCGAUUUUGGUCAUCUAUACAGCUGCUUCCCACUGGGACUCAAAUCGUACUAUGAUGUGGCCAACUGGAACGAGAUGGCAUACGGCAAUUAUCUGUUCGUCUACUGUGGAGCUUUCACGAGGAUUUGUUUUCUUCUGGGUGUUGGCAUGGGAGAGCCAAAGAAGGCCAAACCGAAAAGCAAAAAAUCCGUCAGAAUCAGUGACACGGUUUCUUCUUCGACACCGAGCCAGGGGAAGAAAACCCCGGCCCACAACAAUAAGAGGAAGAAGAACAAGACUCCUUGA